AAAUUGGCAGAGGUGUAAGGAGAGGUUCGGAAGCGUCUCAGAUAAUGCUUCGAUGAGCCCGCAGACUCGGGAAAGAGCUCAGAAGGCAAAGCAGGUUAUGGAGUCUCUACACCUGAGAUGAAUAAGUAUUGUUACUGGAACUCGCCAAGAGAUGUGCCGUACGAGGUAGAUCCGGAGACGCGAUUGCGGCAAAUGCUCACAAGAUCUCAAAAUUAUCUAAAAAAAGAAACAGUUUAUUUCCAGGAGAAAUCUGCCCUGUUCACCUUUCUCCACGAAUUCAUAUGAGGUCAUUGUCUAUCGGGCAUCACAAGCUCGCGUGACCCACAGUUGUUAGUGACCGAGCCUCGGGACCGGGCGCCAAGAGAGGAACAAAGAACAAGACCAAGGAAGACUGCGGCCAGACUUCGGGAACGUCGGCUGCAUCUUAUAACGUGUAAACUUAGUUAACCCUGGAGGCCUGAACAGCAACAUAAAAUGGCGCCUCUGACAGCUCAGGAGAUCAUCGCUCAUCCAGCAUAUGAGACUGUAGACUGGAAACUCCCUCCCACAACCUCGGGACGGGCCCUGGUGGCUCAGAACAGGCGCGGAGGUCCGAUCAACCUGAACUACGAGAUCCAUGGCACGGGACCCGUGAAGCUAGUUGGGAAGUACGAUGCUAAUUCCAAUCAGUGGAUCAUGGGCCUAAAUGCCACCCUGAAAGACUGGAAGCGCCAAACCAAGUACUUCGGCCACCUCAACGGCUCGAAAUACUCCUGUCUGGUGUUCGAUAAUCGCGGCGUAGGCCAAUCCGACAAACCCACCUGCUUCUACUCCACAAGCGAGAUGGCCCGCGAUGUCGUGGACCUCGUCAGCUCGCUGGGCUGGAUCGACCUGAAAGCUCCCGCGACACGCGCCAUCCACGUCAUCGGCGCCAGCAUGGGCGGCAUGAUCGCCCAAGAAGUCGCGAUGCUCAUCCCGGACCGGCUCGCCAGCCUGACGCUCUGCUGUUCGGCUCCGCGACUCGUGCGCACAACGCCCUUCUUCGAGAACCUGCAGCAGCGCGCGAGCAUGUUCAUCCCGCGGCAUGUGGACGUGGAGAUCGACCGAAUCGCGGCGACGCUGUUUGCGAGUGAGUUUCUGGCGCAGCCGGACACAGAGAAUGAGGAUCCUGCGUUGAAUUUUCCGACGAAGAGGGAUCGCUUUGCGGCGGGGCAUUUGAGGAAGAAGGCGGAUACGGAGUCGUAUACGCCCAAGGGGUUCUUGUUGCAGGUGACUGCUUGCUACUUUCACCAUAAGUCUCCAGAGCAGGAGCGGAUUCUUGUUUUGCAUGGGACGGAGGAUAGAAUGCUUACGUUUCGUCAUGGGGAGCUUUUGAAAGAGGAGAUUGGUGAGGGGAUUACAUGGAAGGUUUUUGAAGGGGCCGGGCACAUGCUGGGGUGGGAGACGGAGCAUGAGGUGAAUCAGUCGAUACAGGAAUUGGUGGACCGGUUUAGUUGA